AAAUUGUUGGAAACUUGGCAUUAGAUGUCACAGAAACUCCCCCGAUUCAAUUGCUGCUUUAAGUGCACGACGCCCACGCGCUUCUGCAACUUCAUCAGGAGAUUAGCUAUAAAACGCAGCCUGGCGAGCUUUCUCUAGUGAAGCCAGCUUCCCCGAAAUCUAGCCAUUCCCUGGCUUCGAAAUAUAUCCAAAGUUUUCCACAAACAAACUGCCAAGUAAUCGAAGGAUCGCAAUGAGUAACUACGAAUGGCGUACAGUUCCUUCUUAUCGUCUGUCGCAAUCUGCACUUGACAGCUUCCUGGUCGGCAUAUUUGGGAACAUGAACUUCUAUAUCAGGGUAAGCGCCCGAGUAUAUAUGCUCGUGACUGCGUUCACUUAUCAUCAAGUCAUGGCCCGCUUUGUCGACUUUUUAUUCUCUUUUGGGAGACAGGACUACCCUAAAGACUUUCACUUCAGUGGAUUGUACCAUGAGACUCACUUGUCAGACGAUCAGCCCAGCUUAAGUUUGAGUGACCUUGGAAGGUCUGGCAUAGAUUUCAAGAUGUGCUAUAAUCUUAAGUCGGUCGAAUCAUCUAGCAGCCAGCCACAAUUUCCGUGGUCUGUGAGGCAACUGGCAGUAUAUCAUUCAUUCGAUGUCGUCACCGGGAAAAGUUUCUGGACUAUGAUCAAAGGAGACGCACUCAUCAAACGACGCAUAAAAGCUGCGACCGAGCCCAGCAGCCAUCCAAAUUUGGACUUGUCAACCGCAUUGCACUCCUUUCUUGUGACGCUUACUGUGCAGUUGAUUAUCUUCGAUUGGUGUCGUGAACAAUGGCGUUGGUAUAUAAGUUACUUAGAAGAACUUCAAGAGAUCACAACACGGCGAGCUUUGACAAUGAGCUUUGACCGACCUGCCCUCCCGCCUUCCAACAAUCCCCCUCUACGGGCUACAACAGCACCAGCUGGGAAGGUAAAACGCGCCUUCACGCAAAUAAUCAAACGGGCUGCCUCUGCUACUGGAACUCUAUCACCACCAAUACCACUGCAAUCAAUACCUCAAACUGCUCCCCUCCGGCCAGAAUUCGAACCCGAUCUUAGUAACACCAAAAGCUUCUCGUUCUCUGAUCUCCAAAAGGUGCAGUCUUAUGAGGAAAAGGUCAGGGAACUGCUUCUUGUCGUCGGAUCAAACAUCAAGAUUGUGACAGCUAUCAAGGACUACUACAUGGAACUAGUUGAAUCCUCAGGGUUUCCCGAUGAGGUAAAGCUUGGGUCUGCGAGAAAGACUCAGGACUUUAAAAAAGCCGUUCUCAGUAUUGUAAAUGAUCUCGAGAUGCAGCAUUCGCGCGCUAGCAUGUUACUUUCAACGCUGACGAACCGCAAAGGACUGUUAAAUGGCGUCUUAGAAUAUCGUAGCAUGGAGGCUAGCAAGAGAUUUGCUGAAAAGGCCGAGGCUUCAACGAGAGAAAUCCAUUCCAUGACAGAAGAGAUGAACGCCCUAACCCAAAAAACCAAACAAGAAACGGUCUCCAUGCGUAUCAUCACGCUGGUAACUCUUUUCUUUUUACCUGGCACCUUCAUCUCAACGAUUAUGAGUACAGAUAUACUUCAAUAUUCAAAAAUACCCAAUACCAAAGAUUAUGAGGAAGAUUACUCAUCAGCAGCACUAAAGCGAUAUGUUAGUGUCACAUUGCCUUUAAUGGCGUUGACUUUUCUGGCGUGGUGGGUGCUGUACUGGUGGGUAGAUAGGAAACAACAUGUGAAAGCUCUCAAGGACCAAAUUAAGAAGAUGAACAAAGGGGGACUGGCAAAUUUUGUGUGAAUGGAACUGCUAAAGUGCUUGUGGCUCCAUGGGUUCGGGGAGGCGGGCCUCCUAUUGGAAUUGGCACAUAAUGGACGCAAGGGUAUAAAAGGAAGAGGAAUAAGGCAAAGCAAAAUCCGUUUUAUUGAAAGAUUAUUAGAGGGACAACUUUUGAAACUUCGGGAUUGUAGAGUGUUAUCGGAUCACUAGAAGGAGUAGCAAAAGACCAACUUUCUUGUGUUAUGGGAAGGAUUAUGUUUUAAAUAUAUAUCUUGGCCG